AUCUACUUCACUACCGGCAACUUCACCAAUGCCACUUGGCUCAAGCUGCCCGUGGAUGACAUGCAGUACACGCUGAAGAAUCUAGAGCCCUUCUCCAACUACUCGAUCGCGGUGAAGGCGUUCACGCGGAGCGUGGAGGGCCGCGAGUCGGCGGCGCUGGCCGUCACCACCGACGUGUCGGCGCCGGCCGCACCGCGGCUGACCUCGCUGGCAUGUCAGCCGGACGCGGCCCUGCUGCUCGCCUGGCGACCGCCGGGCCGCGUCCGGGGCCGCAUCGACUUCUACGUGGUCGGCUACCGGACCGGCCAGGCGGCGGCGCUCACGGAGCUGCAGGUCACCGCCGACUCGGCAGAGCAGGAAAGCAUGUUCCUUCUGCCGAACCUGACCGCUGGCGCGGUGUAUGAGGUGCGCGUGCGUGCGGCCACCCGCUCCCUACACCGGCCGGCCGUGUUGCUGCGCUCGCCCUGCGCUUUCCUGCUGGCGCUGCUGGCCCUGGCCAUCUGGAGGCGGUACUUCCAGUCGUCCUACUACUACAGCCUGGAUGAGCCGGUGACGGCGCGCGCGCCCGUGACCUCUGACCCGGGCUGGGAGCUGGACGGUCCGAACGGCUCGGCCGGCCCGAUCCCUGCCGAUGCCUUCCCGGUGCACGUGGCCAGCCUACACGCCGAUUCGGACAUCGGAUUCUGCAAAGAGUAUGAUGAGGUGCUGGCGCACACAAUGAAGUUGGAACUCUCUUCGAACGUGUCACAGACCGAGGAAAACAAGCAGAAAAUAGAUACCAGAACAUUGAUGCCUCGGCGGGGAGACUACAUCAACGCCAACUACAUCGACGGCUUUCUCGUGCGCAACCAGUACAUCGGCGCCCAGGGCCCGCUGACCGGCACUUUUGCGGCCUUCUGGCGGCUCAUCUGGGAGCAACGCAUCCAGAUCGUGGUCAUGAUCACUAACCUCGUGGAGCGGAACAGGGUCAAAAAAGUGUGA